AUGGGCGAAUUUCCCACCAAGACGUGCGGCGUUCUCGGCUGCACCGGCUCCGUAGGCCAACGCUUCAUCCUCCUCCUAAGCCAACACCCCUCCCUGAAGCUCGUGGCCGUCGGCGCCUCCUCCCGGUCCGCAGGGAAGAAGUACCGCGACGCCGCCAAGUGGAAGCAAGCCAGCCCCAUCGGCCCCUUCGGUGACCUCGUCGUGCGCGAGUGCAAGGCCUCCGAGUUCGCCGACUGCGACGUCGUCUUCAGCGGCCUCGACUCGGACGUCGCCGGCGAGAUCGAGUCCGAGUUCCUCCGCGCCAACAUCCCCGUCUUCUCCAACGCGAAGAACCACCGCCGCGACCCCCUCGUGCCCCUCGUCGUCCCCACCGUCAACCUCUCCCACUUCGACCUCAUCCCCCACCAACGGAAGCAAUUCGGCCUCGACAAGGGCUUCCUCGCCUGCAACUCCAACUGCGCCGUCAUCGGCCUCGUCAUCCCCUUCGCCGCCAUCCAGGCCCGCUUCGGCCCCGUCGCCUCCGCCUCCGUCGUCACCCUCCAGGCCGUCUCCGGCGCCGGCUACCCGGGCGUCCCCUCCCUCGACAUCCUCGACAACGUCGUCCCCUACAUCUCCGGCGAGGAGGACAAGCUCGAGACCGAGGCCCAGAAGAUCCUCGGCUCCCUCAACCCGGACGCCACCGCCGUCCAGGAGGCCUCCUCCCUCCAGGUCAGCGCCACCUGCACCCGCGUGCCCGUCCUGGACGGCCACACCGCCUGCGUCAGCCUCCGCUUCGCGCGCCGCCCGCCGCCGUCCGCCGAGGAGGUCAAGGACGCCCUGCGGUCCUACGUCAGCGAGGCCCAGACCCUCGGGUGCCCGUCCGCCCCGGAGGCCGCCAUCCACGUCUUCGACGAGCCCGAUAGGCCCCAGCCCCGUCUGGACCGCGAUCUCGGCCGCGGAUACACGGUGAGCGUUGGCCGGGUGCGUGAGGACGAGAGUGGUCUGUUCGACCUCAAGUUCGUGGCCCUCAGCCACAACACCGUCAUUGGUGCGGCGGGAUCCAGCAUUCUGAAUGCCGAGGCUGCCAUUCUUAAAGGGUACAUAUAA